AUGCCAAUUACACAUACAAGCACCUGCGGACGCCGGCAGCUGCGGCAGCGCCAGCACGGCUCGUGCGCUCAGCAGCGGCGGCAGCAGAUCCGGCGGGACUGGGGUUACACUCAGUUGGGCCGCCCCUUCCCAGACGGCAUCUCAUUGGGGGCGCUGGCAGAGACCCUUGACGAGCGCCACUUUCAAAUCGACCUGUGGAAGGCGUUCGGCGGCCUCCUGGCGCCCUUCGCGCUCAUCGCCGUGGGCUGCGCGUGGCAGGCUUACAUGCACUCAAUCUGCCCGCUGUGGCAGAAGCUGCUAUGCUGGCUGGCGGUCGGGACGGGCUAUUUUGGGGCGUUCCAGGCGGCCGCGGAUUGCGCACACUUUGCCUUCUGGCCGCAGGAGCCCGCAGCGCAGGACGCAAUCGGCGCCGCGCUGAUGGCGCCGGGGCUGAUUCCUUACGAGGGCUGGCGCCUGCAGUACUUCAACCACCUGCUGCGCCCCAACAUGCUCUUCGAGGACAGCCCCCUGUGGCACCCCCUCACGGUCGCCGAAUACUCGUCGCUGCCCGCCUGGCGCCGCGCCCUCGCGCGCCUCGUCAGCGCGACGCCCCUGCGCUUCGUCGCGCGCGGGCUCGCGGGCUGGGCGGCCUGCUGGGAUGGCCUUGACCUGAAGCGCCACCCGCCCCCCACGCGGCGCUGGGUGCUGCUCAGCUGGGCGCUGCCCGCGGCGUUUGCGGGGCUGGUGCUUCCGUCGCUGCUGGUGUCUGGCGGGGUGGAGCGGCUGGUCGGGUGGUGGCUGGCGCCGUGGCUGGUGUUCCAGGGGUGGCAGGGGCUGGUCGCGGUCGCGCAGGCCACGGCGCCGCACAUCCCGGUCGUGCCAGAGGGCCUGGAGUACGACCACGGUCAAGCCGUGGUCAACGGCACGAUCAACCUGCGGCUCCCCCCCUGGCUCGAGCACGUCGUCGGCGCCGCCAACCUCGGCCUCCCGCGCACGCUGUCGAUCAGCAUCCCGCGGUACCACGCGGCUGCCGCGUACGCGGAGCUGCGGGCCAAGCUGGCGCCGUACCUGACAGAGGGGGACCUGCUGAACCCUCGGCUGCUGCUGAACCUCGCGACGAGCUGGACGCUGUACGACGAGGGGCGGCGGCGGUACAUCACGUUUGACGGCGCCGACGCGGGUGUCGCGGCGGCGGCGGGGGAGGGCGGGGCGGACGAUCGGCAGCAGCCGCGGGCGGCGGCGGCGUGA